AUGAGUGCGACCGAAAUUCUUGGGGGAUUGGAUGUAUUGGAAAACACGAGUCUCUCUUUCGACUUUGACAUAUCUGCGCCGACGACUAUCGCCGGCGACAUGCUGGACUUUGACUUUUCUACUGGCGCAAGCUCACUGGAUGCGCUCACAGAGAUGUUUAAUCUUCCAGCAGAUGAUCACAGCCAGAUGGCGGUUCACAAAAUCGGAGGUCAGGCGAGAAAGCCGUUCUCUGCAGCGCAUCUUUCGUCCUUUGCGCAAGCAAGAGUAGCAUAUUCAAUUGAGCAUUUCAAGUCCACCCCAAAGAUGAUGGUGGAACAAAACUGUACACCCUGGGCUCAUCCGAAGCUCUAUGAAGAGUACAUGCCCAAAUCACUCCAAGACGCGUAUGCUUCAUGUGCGCUGUACAUCGCCAAGAACGAUACCAAUGCCGCGUUUGUGGCACGGUACAUUACAAGUCGUACGGAAGAGCUGGUCACUGCUACUAUCUUGUCGACCUCAGCCAUUGAGAUCCUGGCUCGAACACAAGCCCUCAUACUCUAUCAGACCAUGCUCAUGUUUGGAGGCGAUAUUCGAUUUUACGCACAAGCUGAAGCUCUCCUGCCAUACCUGGAUGACAUGGGCACUCUCCUCCUACCCAUAGCAGCCGAACAGACGGAUCCAGUGGGCAAUAUCCCACUAUACCCCGGCACAGCUACUCGGUCGGCGUGGAGGUCGUAUAUAGUCCGGGAAUCUGCCCGUCGCACGUUUUUAUCGACCAUUCACAUCACUGUCAUGUGUACUCUGUUGAAUGGUCAACUCAAGUCUUGUGCUCAUGAUACCAUUCUCAAUAACCGUGUCACACUUUCUGCGCACCUAUGGAACGCUGCAAACGCCUUUGAUUUCGCUGUCGCCUGGAACGAGAAAAACCAUUUCCUGAUCAAAGAGCUAGACUUUACAGAUGUCCUCCAACAUGGCCAGCCAGAUGACUUGGACGUGUUUGGGAAUAUGUUACUCGUCGGGAUAAGAGGCUUGGACGACAUGCGAGGCUGGUAUCACACAAGAGGCGGGACUUUGUGA